GUGGGAAAAAAACAGACGAAGCUUGGGGAAUUGGACGACAAACGGAGUUGGCGAGCUGCUGCCGAUUGAAGCCGGGCAUCUUAAAUUAUCAGUAGGAAACUGAACUUGUAUUGUAGACACACAAUCCUCAAUACGCCCUUUGUGGCUCACGAGUGAAUGCGCGAAUCAGGACAGCCUGGACGAUACCCACCGACUGCAAUGCAACAUUUGCCACGCACGUCGUCUCCCCUUGUAAAUGGGGAGCAAGGGCAAGGUAAACAGGCUGCGAAACCAAAGAAGAAACAAAGCUUUGAUUCUGAAGUGAAUUCACGCGUACGAACGUCCUCCCUCAAAGCCGUACACAUUGCUCAUGGCCCCCAAGGUCGGAUCCAACCCUUAAGCAUCCAGACGAAACUCAUCCACGAGAAACAACUACUUCCACCGCUUUCUCCGCCACCGAGUGGAGCUCUCCCUUCAAUCCCGAACCGUGCAUUCGUCAGCGGCGAUAGUCAGUAUCUGGCAAGCAAUCACAAACAUGGAGUCCCGCCUACACACCGCCAGUAUCUUAAUGGCGCUAGAUCAGAAGAAUUUAGAGGUAGAGGAGAUCAACAUGGAGUGAAUAGACAGCAGACGCGUGAUAAUCGCCGCUCGCGCUCACUCUCCCCUGCUCGCAUGCGUUCCUAUAUUGACGGCAAUGCGUCUUAUGGGCCACCCGGAGGCACGUUUGACCAUACUUCUGGUGAACGACCUUCAUCGUCUGCAACAGGCCUCUUCAGUCAAUAUGGCCACGACUCCAUGUAUGCUCCGGUAGCAAUGGAAGUGCGGGGCUCCUUCAUAUCACCACCGAUGGAAUCUGUUCGGGGCUCGUUACCUCCACCACCGAGGAAGAACUCGGAAAAGCAGGACACAACCGGCUCCCAAACAAGUUCUGGUGCAUCGGAAGCGUCCGUGUCCUCCUCAGUUGUCCGCCAAAAGGCAGAGACUGAGGAAACUGUAGAUAAUGAGAUCGAGUCGCCGAAAACCAGAACCGUUUUAUUAGAUGAUGCAACCUUGGACUUACCGUUUGGAAAGGCAGGAACAGAGUCACCUGGAUCCACAGAGCAGUCACCCAAAAUGCGUGCUUCUGUAUUGGAGAUGGGCAAUCCACAGGCGAAUAUAAGUAUGAUACAUAUGCGAUCUGAACCGGGUGCGGGCGCUGGCGCCUACGCUAAGGCAUUGGAGGAAAAUAACCGACACGGUCGUGGAUCACCUGCUUUACUUGAACGUCACCCUCAUCGGUACGAACCCGGUAGUGGGCGAUCACGAGCGGAUUCCAAUCUCUCAUCGCAGAGUUAUCAUCGCGGGUCACCGGUUGCCACGGCGGCAGAGCGAAGCAUGUCACACACAGUGUACAACAAGCCUCCUCAGUAUCAGGACUCUCCUGAACGAGAUAGCCAAAUGAUAGACACAAGAAAUACCUUCUCAAUGCAGCCUCCUGCACAUGAUGCGAAAUCCCACUCGGUUGUGCCAACCGAGAAUGAAUUCACCUCUAUGAUUUUCUCUGGAUAUUUGUUGAAGCAGAACCGACAUAAACGGUUUCAAAAGCGCCUCUUCCGGUUCGACGGAGUACUCCUCAUUUGUCUAUCGCCAAAAGAAUACCGUCUCCCUGCAAACUCCAAUUUGCUUACAUUUUCCCCCGACAAAUUCCAAGACAACAACAUGGGACGAGAAUUUGCCCAAGCCCUGCAGCGCUUCUAUCCCACCGAUCCACCAAUGCCUAGUUUAACUAACCCGCUUGUUGCUUCAAUUGGAGAAGAUAACAAGGACGGCAAGCCAGAUGUAUGGGCAAAAGGGUACUACCUACCCAAGUGGAUCAUUCCUACAUCAUCGAUCAUAAGCGUGAGAUCACUUGUCAGGCAACCGCCUAAAGAUCCUGAAGCCAAAAAGUCACGCACAUUCAUCGUUCGUACAAAGUCAAAAGAUUAUGUUCUAUGUGCGCCCUCUGCUCAAGAAUUUAAACGCUGGACGUUCCUUUUAACAAGAAUGAGCAGAGGGGUCGCUUCUGACGACGAGGGAAGUGGAAGCGAUAUGGCCUCUGCAUCCAAGAGACCUGGUUCCCCGAGGUAUGGGGCCCGAAGAGUGGUCAAAAAUGGCUUUGUAGACGCGGCUGCGGGUAAACGCCUUAGGGAUGACACACUUCGCUGGCCGAAACAUCCUAGCGUGCACAAGGUAGGAGCGUGGCGGCAGAGUUUGCGAGAGUUGGUGGAAAGGGAUCAAGGUGCUGGUGGGGCAGUUGUCCACGUUUCCGCGGCGCCGCAGGCGGCAGCAGUAUUGAGCAACGGAUCUGUCCCGGUGAACGGAAAUCUGAAGAGUGAUGAGAUGAGGCAAACGCUAGUGCCAUCAGUACCUCCUCCCGUUUCAACAAAUGUUUACGCACAACCAUCCCGCGGAGUUGAGCAGCAGUCCGGAACCCCACCCCCGUCUCCCAAGCAAAAUCCUUCUAGUAUUCCGUCGACGCCAACGGUUCGGGAGGAAACUUAUCAACCCGCGAUCCCACCGGCCAAACCUGCUCCAACUAGUGCGCUACCGUUACCGACCACUCCUCUGCCAUCAACACCCGUAGCGCCGCCCCCGGCAACAACCAGCAUGAUUGUGUCUCGGGCCGUCUCUAUUCCUGAUCUCAAGGAACUGGAAGAUGAACUCAUGGGACUGGUCCGUGUUCCUGCUGCGGAAUCUUUGGGCACGGAAGGAAUGGCUGGAUCCGUUUCUAGCAACUAUUCACAAUUUCUAGACACGGAGGAGAAGUUGCAUGCCCUCUCGGUUCCUACCCAACUUGAGCCCGUUACAGUAACCAUUCCGCCUCAACCGUCCAUUCACGCCCCUCUCAUCAACAACUGCACCACCAUUCUCCGCCUCAUAUCGCACCUCCGCGGCGACUUCAUUGCCUCUCCGACUGACCCACCUACGCCAUCCACCCCAACGACCCCGUCGACAGCAUUUACAACCCGAUACAAAACGACAUCCAUACCUUAUUUUUGUGACAUGGUCACAGAGUAUGUUGAGAGGUAUUUGGAGAGCCUGCAAGGUGAAGCGGAUCAAGGAGUCGAGUAUGUGGCGAACCGACUUGAACGUGGUAAAAUAGUUUUAGACAACUGGUGUUUGGUCUCUGAGGAUUGGAAGGGCGGAAUGGGCCAUCUUGAGAGACUAGAGCAGGGUGUGAAGGGUAUUUUAGACUUUUUUGGAUAGUUUCUUUUUUUGUUGAUUUUCCUCAUAUAUUUACAUUUAUUGUUGACUGGAUGGGAAGGGGAGUAUAUACUGGCGAAGGGAUAUUUGAGCCAAAUCCCACUUUCAGUAUUUAUAGUAGAUGAAAGUGGUCCAAAUGUUGUUGGACUGUACACUUGUUCUGAGACAAUUGGAUUUUAGAUGUAAUAAGAAUGCUGACUCGCGUGUAAUCGUUUGAUGUCCCCUUCGUUCGUUG